CCCAUGAGAGGAAGUUGCUAUAUAAGGCCUUUUGUCCUGGAAUCUGUUCAUACGUUGGAGAGGGAAGCUCGUGUAAAGCCGCAUGACCUUUAGCCACAAUAAUGUUCUUCUUCAGUGCGGUUGUGAGCAUAAUGGCUGUGCUCAGUUCAGAAGAGAGCAAUGCAUUGCUCAAUGCAUACCUCCCAGGAGACAUCAUUAUCGGAGGCCUUUUCCCAAUUCACCUACAAACGAACAGAAGCACAAUACCUGGACCGGUCUCGUGCAGCCACUAUAGCUACCAAAUGUUUCUACAAUCUCAAGUGAUGAUAUAUGCUAUUCGAGACGUCAACCAACGCACACCGAGGCUUCUCCCUAACAUCACGUUGGGCUACAGCAUCUACGACACGUGCGGCGAUGUCACCUUCGCCACCAAGGCCACUCUCGAGCUUGCGAGCGACUGGCCGGACCCUCAAAGAUGUUUACUUCCCCCAAAUGCUCGGUUUGUGCAGCCUCAAGUGAUGGCAGUGAUUGGCGAGAGGUUCUCGGAGGUCUCAAUCGCAGUGUCGCGGAUUGUUGCCCUGUCGUCGCUUGCCCAGAUUAGCUACGCAUCAACCAGCGGGCUGCUCAGUAGGAAGUUAAAGUUCCCCACUUUUCUGCGAACAAUAUCGAGUGAUGAAUAUCAGACAAAGGCCAUUGCUGAGCUGGUGAAGCAGUUCAACUGGAAAACGGUGGCCAUCAUAGGAAGUGACGAUGAGUACGGGAAGUACGGCAGUGACCGCCUCUCACAAAAUUUCAGAAAGAUAAAGGACAUCUGCAUCGAAUUCGUUGACAUCCUGCCUGGUUACUUUUCCAAGAACAAUUCCAAAACCCACGAGAGGCUUGCGGGCCUUGUGCGCAAUGUCAAUAAAUCCACAGCUGAGGCCAUUGUGAUUUUCACCAAGGGUUCCAAUGUUGAUAUCAUAAUGGAGGCCGCUAUUAAAUACAAACUGAACAGAACUUGGAUCGCAAGCGAUUCCUGGUCCACCUCGACGACACUAGCUACUCUGCCUGGCAUUGAGAUGGCCGGGCAGGUAUUUGGAUUCAACUCCAACAGGAACGCAGUGCCCGGAUUUAAAGAUUAUAUUAUGUCCGUGUUCAACGGAACAACGAACGCCAUCCUCGAUUAUCACCGGACUCACUAUCCGUUUUGUUCCAAUUGGUCAGGAGAAGACAGCGGUGCCGAUUGCAUAUUAGCAAAUAGCAUAAAGGUGACAGGUCAAUGUGUGGACAUAAAAUGUCUGGCCAAUCAUAUGGAUGAGGAUGAAACGUAUAACAUCUACUUAGCUGUACAAGUCAUCGUUGAGGGGAUCAGACGCUUGCUGCAAUGUGACCAUCAAAAGUGUGACCGCCAUGCUGACUUCACAGCCCUGGAGCUUCUCAUGGAAAUCAAGAAGGUCAACUUCACUGUGGGCAAGACCCAUUUAUUUUUUGAUAGUUGUGGCGACCCCAGCUUAGGAUAUGACAUUUUAUAUUGGGACACAGCAGCCAAGACACUACAUGAACACAUCCAAAUAAUUGGAGGAUACUGGCCAAAUGGAAAUAUAGCAGUCCCUCACGACAUGGUGCUAAAAAUGCAGAGUGUGACGUUGACGGCUUACAAUUGCUCAAAGACCUGCAAACCUGGACACGAGUUAAAGAAGCAGAAUGUACACUUGCAGUGCUGCAAUGAUUGUGUUCCAUGUGCUGAGGGAGAAUAUUCCACCGGACAAGGCACAGAGUGUAAACGCUGCAGAGACAAUGAGUAUUCAUCUCCACAGAGGAAUGAAUGUUUGGAGAAAAAAAUCGACUUCCUGGGCUGGUCAGAUCCCUUCAUUAUCAUGUUAGCUUUUUUGGAAGCCUUGGGAAUUAUUCUAACACUUGUGUUCGCAGCCUUGUUCGCCAUCCAUCGCGGCACUCCCAUUGUGAAGGCCGUGGGAGGCUCCUUGUGCUUUUUGGAGCUCUUUUCUUUGCUGACAUGCUUCUGCCUCACAUUUAGCUUUCCGGGGAAGCCGAGUGCGCUCUCCUGCAUGAUUGGCAUGCCACUCUUUGGAAUCGCCUUUUCUCUCUGCAUCUCCUGUAUUCUAGCAAACCUGCUGCAAAUUUUAGUGGGUUUUAUGUUUGACUUGAAGACAAAGUCUUGGCUAAACAAGGUCAACCGGCCAGUGGCCGUCGUGGCCGUGGUAUCCGGGAUCCAGCUGGCUCUGUGUGUGCCGUGGCUCUGCCUUUACCCUCCAUCGCCAACAUGCAAGAGUUUACAGAGUACCAUCCUGCUGCAGUGCCAUAAAGGCUCCAGUGAAUUCUUCAUAGCCAUGCUGGCCUACAAUGCACUCUUGGCCCUCAUUUGUUUCCUGUUUGCAUUCAAAGGGAAGCAGUUGCCAGAUUUGUAUAAAAAUGCAAGCUUAAUCACUGUUAGUAUGCUGCUGUAUCUGAUCAUUUGGAUCCUCUUUAUUCCCAUCUACAUCAAUUUGUUUGGGACAUACAAACAAGCCAUUGAGAGUGCCGCCAUUCUCAUUUCAAGCUACAGCAUCCUUUGCUGUCACUUGGCACCCAAGUGCUACAUUAUGGUGUUUAAGAAGGAAAUGAAUGAUGAGAAAGCCAUUGUUGAGUAUAUUAGAAAACAUUAUGAGGGGAAAGGGAUCUCUGUGGUUAAAUAAUCCUUCUCUCAACAUACACUGUAAGUCACUGCAUUCCUCCUUGCAUCCAUCCAUUUUCUGUACCGCUUAUCCUCACGAGGGUCGCGCUGGAGCCUAUCCGAGCGAUCGUCGGUACACCCUAAACUGGUCGCCAGCCAAUCGCAGGGCAUCCUCCUUGCAUAAGAACUAAUUGGAGCUUUUGCUUUUGUUUUUAGAUAACAUAUAGACAGUUAGGAUCCAUGUUAUGUUUAUGUCUGUAUGCAUUAUUAUUUUAAUCUAGUUUCACUGGGAAGACGUGGCGUUGCAAAGGAUUCUGUUUUUGUGUAAACAAAACGCCUUUCAUGCAAAAUGUAUGCUUGGAGCCCACACAAUGGUUGACUGGUUAGCACAUCUGCCUGCCAGUUCUGAGGACCCGGGUUCAAAUCUGGCCUCGUCUGUGUGAAAUAUGCAUGUUCCCCACGUACCUGCGUGGGUUUUCUCCGCUUCCUGCCCACAUCCCAUGGUCAAACUCAAAACUGCCCGUAGGUGUGAAUUUGAGCUCUGCGAUUGAUUGGCUGGCGACCAGUUCCAGUUGUACCCCACCUCUCGCCCAGGGUCAGGUAGGACAGGCCCCGCAUGCCCAUGACCUAGUGAUGGAAAAGGGGUACGGAAAAUGGAUGCAUGUAUCCUUACACACCGGUCUUUUACAUUUUUUUCAUGAUUGGAGUUUUUGUAUGAGCAUGAACCAUAUUCAAGAAAAAAUAAUGCAGUGCAUGUACACGGUGUUCAUUUGUUUACAUUUAAUCAUCUAUGAUUACUCUUUAGAUUUUGGGUGCAAAUGAAAUAAAAACGUGUUUACAGA